AUGGGCCGCCUGCCGCUGCCGUGUCUCCUCCUGGGCUCCCUGCUCAGCGCCGUCCACCUAGAACCAUGCGGUGAACGCCAAUACCUAAAAAGUCAAUGCUGUGAUAUGUGCCCGCCAGGACACAAACUGGUGAAUGACUGCACGGCUGUCAGCAACACAGAAUGCCUCCCUUGUAGUGAAGGCGAAUUCUUGAAGACUUGGAACAGUGAGAAGCGCUGUCAUCAGCACAGAUAUUGUGACCCCAACCUAGGGCUCCGGGUCCAAAGUAACGGCACUUCACAAACAGACAGGACUUGCACAUGUAAUGAAGGCCAACACUGUGUCAACGAGGCCUGUGAAACCUGCACCCCGCACAGCUCUUGCCCCCCUGGCUUUGGGGUCAAGGAGAUUGCUACAGGGGUUUCUGAUACCAUCUGUGAACCCUGCCUGGUCGGCUUCUUCUCCAAUGUGUCAUCUGCUUUUGAAAAGUGUCAUCCUUGGACAAGCUGUGAGACCAAAGGUCUGGUGGAGGUGCGGGCAGGGACUAACAAGACUGAUGCUGAAUGUGGUUUCCGGCCUCGGAUGAGAGCCCUGGUGGUGAUCCCCGUUGUUGCAGUAGUCCUGUUUAUUGUCCUAUUCGUGUCUGCCUGUAUCAGAAAGGUGACUAAGGAGGGGCACAAUAAGGCCUUCCACCCUAAGGGCAAAAGGCAAGAUCCUGUGGAGAUAGACUUGGAGGAUUUUUCUGGUCCCUGCUCUACGGCUCCGGUGCAGGAGACCUUACAUUGGUGCCAGCCGGUCGCACAGGAGGAUGGCAAAGAGAGCCGCAUCUCAGUGCAGGAGAGACAGUGAGGCUGUGUGUGCCUGGAGCGGGGAGGUAUGGACAAAUGCGCACGUGGCCG